AAUUACAAAAAAUGCUAAAAUUAAAAGAUUCUGUCAGAUUCAUGUGUGUUUGUUAUCACUGAAAACCAAAAACCUAUUCUCUUUGAAAUUCAAAGAAAAAAUAUGAGCAAUCUAAGAACCCUAUGCAGAACUCAAACAGUGUUCUCCUUUAUUAAUUGCAGACACCAAUUUCGAUUUAGGGCCUCAUUUUGGAACCCUAAUUGCAAACCCUAUUUACAAUCUCCGUGGUUAUAUUCUACAUGGCUUGGUUCUUCGGGUAAUUCGAGCAGACCCAUGCCUCAGUUUCGCCUCAAUCAGAAGAGAACUGUGGCGAAAGCAACAAAUUGGGAUCAACAAAAAACCCCAUAUGAAACUCUUGAAUUGGAAGGAGAUGCUGAUGAUGAGCAGAUAAAGAUUGCUUAUAGACGUUUGGCGAAAUUUUAUCAUCCAGAUGUCUAUGAUGGAAGGGGAAUCCUUGAGGAAGGUGAAACAGCAGAAGCUAGGUUCAUCAAGAUUCAAGCUGCUUAUGAGUUGCUUAUAGAUUCAGAGAGGCGGAAAAAAUAUGACAUGGCUAACCAGGCCAACCCUAUGAAGGCAUCUCAAGCAUGGAUGGAGUGGCUUAUGAAAAAACGAAAAGCUUUUAAUCAGCGGGGUGAUAUGGCAAUUUAUGCUUGGGCUGAGCAGCAGCAGCGUGAGUUGAAUGUUCGUGCUCGUCAACUUUCUCGUUCAAAGGUUGAUCCAGAUGAAUAUAGGAAGAUUCUGGCAAGAGAAAAGAAGGCUUCAGCUGAACAUUUCAGCAGUACCCUUAAAAGGCACACACUUAUACUGCAGAAGAGAGAUAUAAUGCGAAAAAAGGCCGACGAAGAAAUGAAGAAGACUAUAGGCCAUCUCUUAGCCGCAGAAGGUCUUGAGCUUGAUGAUAGUGACGAGGAAUUAUAGUGAAUGUGAGACUGGUGUCUAUAUUCUUACCAGUAGCUAAUAUGUGGAUCCAAUACCAUAAUGUCUCCCUCCAUGGAUCUGACAAUUCUUUAAUUAUUAUAAUUAUACAGAAGAUAUAUGUAACAUCAAAAAAAGGAGAUAUAUGUACAUAUGUUUUGUUACUUCCAGACUAAAUUGAAUGAGAAUUUAUCAUUGCAAUUAGGGUCAUUUGGACUGAGGAACUGAAAUAAUUCAGAAUUUUAAUUUCAGUUCUAA